AUGAACGGUACCAAAAUUGAAGAUGGCGAGAACAUAGCAUUGUUAUCCUCUGGACGUCUUGCGUCCCAAAGUACCUUUAUCUUACCCAAGGAUGUUUUCAGGAACCGCUUAACCUGGUUGUGCUAUGAGACCCGUAACUCCUUAGGAUUUCGCAUCUGGCUGCUAUUAUGGUUACCACUUGUCGUUUGGUGGGGGAUGUCCAGCACUUGGAUUUAUCCGUUCAUGGGUUCGGCUAUUCUGUUCUCAGGGCUACUAAUUUUGCCCGCAAUUCAAAUACUGUGCCAUAAAUAUGCCUUAUCAAAUCAGCUCACCCAUCUUUCUAAAGAAGUCAUCAAAAGUACGCCAGGUGCAUUCUCUGGUGAUUGGGACACUGUUGCACUACAUUUCAAUUCCUACUUGUAUGAAAACAAUGCCUGGAAUACUGGGCAAUUUUUUUUCAAUGGUACUGACUGCCAAGAAGCAUUUAGAAAAACCAUUCUAGAGCCAGUCGUUUUAAGGAGAGAAAACGAAGGUGCUAGGUUCACAUCAUUUGAGGUUUCGGGUUUUCACAUCGAAAAAGCAGUGCAGGUUUAUUUUACAAAAGUACACGAACAGUGGAAGUUGAUCCAUACUGAGAAGGAAUGCAGCCCUAGUGGCUUGGAAAAUGUCAAGCUUCCUAAGGAAACAUAUCGUUGCAAACUAGCAUGGAUUUUUCAGAGGAUUGUCACUUUUUACUUUCCAAUAAAAUUCCUCUCUGAUUUGAAUGAUAUCUGUUUCUCAAAAUUUUUUGGUCCUCUGCUUGGUUUUUUGUAUCUGGGAUACCUUUUCUAUAUAAGAGUAGAGGAUUUUCAAAACACGAGGCCUAAAUCGAUGAGAGUUGAGAAUAAAAUGCAAUACUUGUCAAAUAUUAUAAACGAACAAGGUGCUGGCACUGAGAGAUGGGACAACAUUGCAAGGAAAACGAAUAGGUGGUUCCUUGAGAAAAAGGUUUGGAAGAACGAAGGAUUUUUCUUUGAUGGGGCUGAUUGCCAAGCAUUUUUUGAACGAAACUUUAGCAGUCUUUUAUUUUCAAAGAAAUCUGUGUCGCCUAGAUCAUUAAACGUUGAACUUUGGCAAUACAUCCAAGAAGCGCAAUUGGCCUCUCACUAUGAGCUGUUACCAUAA